UUCAGCAUGACACUGUUGAUGCAGUUACAGGUGCAUCCUGCAUCUGACAUGCUACUAGCCCUUUGGUCCCACUGAUGGUUUCUUAGGCAGCAACAGUGUGGAAGAGUUUGAUAGAUAUGAAAAUAUAUAGUGGAUGGCGUCGGCUUCUCUUCUGUCUCCCCCUUGUUUUUCUUGUCCCUCACUUAUUCUCAGUUUUGGAACUGCAUCAAAGCUCAAUUGCUGAAGUUCUGCCCAAAAAACUUAAUAAGAAAUUUGAUCAUCUAGUUUUGGGACCUGCUGCUGGUCAAGGUUUAUCUGACCGAUUGCAAUGUCAAGGUCUCAAAGCUUUGAAUAAGACCCACUUUUCAUCCCCAUCUAAUAAUGCCACUUCCAGAGAUACCAUUUCUUUUGUCACUGUUUUUGCGGUGUACAACUUCUCUCCCAAUUCAUAUGAGGCUGCCAAAUCAUCAAACUUGGUUACUGUUGGGAACUCUUCAUAUGGUAAAGCAGAGAGGUCACUGGCUAUUCUGCACGUAUUCAUUAAUUUCAUCCAGGUUUCUAUGCCUCAAAGCAAUGUAAUCAUUCUCACUGAUCCAGCUUCUGCACUUUCAGUGGGCAGAAAUAGUGUCACUGUAUUUCCAAUUCAAGGUGAAUAUUCGAGAGACAAGUUGAUGCUUCAAAGAAUCAAAUCAUAUAUUGCUUUUCUAGAAGAGAGGCUUAAGGAGAAUUCAAAGUGGCAGGACCGUGUUAAUCAUUAUAUCUUUACGGAUUCUGAUGUGGCAGUGGUUGAUGAUCUUGGACCAAUAUUUCAGAAAUAUCCAAAUUUUCAUCUGGCUCUAACUUUCCGGAAUAACAAAAAUCAACCCCUGAAUUCAGGAUUCAUUGCAGUGAGGGGUACGAAUGAUGGAAUUCUAAGGGCAAAGCUCUUUCUACAAAAAGUGCUAGAAAUUUACAGUUCCAAAUUCAUGAAAGCUUCCCGAAUGCUUGGAGACCAGUUGGCACUAGCUUGGGUUGUAAAGUCCCAUCCUUUAUUUGAUUCGAAGAGAUUUACUAUACCACAAGCCUUUAUGGAUGAGAUUCAUGGAGCAUCAGUGCUGUUUCUACCAUGUGCCUUGUACAAUUGGACACCACCUGAGGGUGCAGGGCAGUUUCAUGGCAUGCCGUUAGAUGUAAAGGUGGUUCAUUUCAAGGGAUCAAGGAAACGAUUGAUGCUGGAGUCAUGGAAUUUCUUCAGUUCCUCUGAUUCUAACAUUUCAGACAUGUUGUGCCUUGUCUUGAAGAGUGGAAGAACUAAGUAUGAUUUUUAAUCGAUAGGUUUCAGUGUACAGAUCAGAUGUCAGCCAGGAUAUUUCCAAGAAUGCCACAUUCUCAUUGGAGUGCAUGAUACUUUCGAAGGACCACCAGCAUAAUCAUAAGUAUUCCUAGCACAUUUCAGGCUGGAGAGGAUCAGGUGAUAAAAAUGCAUGCUUCAAGGGUUCCUUCUGAUGCUAUUGUAAACCAGAUUCAGUCAAUUGAUAGAGCUCCUAAAUUUUGUGAAAAUUUAUAUUGUGAAGUGAAAUUUGAGGAAAGAGAAUAUGAUGUUUGACUUUGGAUAAAAGAACUUGUGCGGCGUUUGCACAACUCAGAUUAAUUGGCUUGUCUGCAGGACAAUCAAGUCCCAACACUUUG